AUGGAUGUCAUUGAGAAGGUUGGUGAGAAGGUUAAGGUUUUCCUGAAUGGUGAAAUUAGUCCAGCUGCUUCACUUGCCAAGGUUAUGGCUUCAGAUUACAAUAAUGGAUUAGUAGAUAAUGUUCCUCCAUUGUCUUAUUUAUUCGAUAAGAAUAAUAUCUAUUACCCAUCAGCAAUUGGAUUGUUUUUUCCGGAUCAAAUUACAACCUAUUUCAAUUUGACAAUCUUUCCAGGAGGAGUUCCAACACAGAGCUUCUCAAUUUACAUCAAACCAAAGGGAUAUAUUGGUGUAGAACAUUGGUAUGCAAAUGAAACAGAUGGUUCCUUAAUUGGCAUGAUUCAAAAUCAGACAGUUCCCUUUGUCAUUCCAUCACUUGCCUACUGGGUCACAAGUUUCAAGUAUUUCGACUUGUACAAAACCGAUGCUGUGUAUGGUGACCCCUAUGUUGUGGUAAAUUCUACUGCAUGUAUUUAUUAUUCUGUUAAAUUGUACAAUAGAACCUUAUUAGCAAAGGGAGUGAAAAAGACAGUUGGCAUUUCAAAGGUGAAUGUUUCACUAUUGAAUAUUGAAAAAUAUUUAAAGAAAGUAACAGUAUUGGGAAGAGGUUAUGUGUUAGUGUCAGAGACUACGGAUUUUGUUAUUGGUGGUUCAAUUAAUACCACAGCAGCUGAUAGCAAAUCUCGUGUGAAAAUGUUCGAGCUGACUGAGAGAAAUUCUGGCAAGCUGAUGAAAGAAUUGGCAGGCAAAUAUGGUACAAUUUCAAAUACACCAACAACUACUGAAAUCAACAGCAUGGGAAUUGAUUAUAUUGUGAAGAGAAUGGACUUUGUUUUGGAAAAUAUGAAAUGGAAUUUAUUUUUGGUUAUUUAUAAGGAAGAUUUAACUAAGGUAACUAAUAUCAAUACUGCUAUUUCAGCAGGUGUUGCUGUUGCUAUUCUGCUUAUUGGUAUCAUUUUGAGUAUGAUUGUUGGUUAUGUCAUUACUCGUCCUUUGACAUAUUUGAAAAAGCAAUUUGCCUUAAUUAAGAAAUUUGAUUUGGAAUUGGUCCAAUUCAAUUCCAGUUCAUUCAAGGAAGUGAAUAGUAUUUACAAGGAUCUUUUCAAUAUGGUGAGUUGGCUGAACGAUUUCAAGUCCUUCCUUCCAGAAUCCAUCUUUCUUCAACUUUCUAAUAUUGAGGAAGAAGGAAAGCCAAAACCAUCUGUUCAGGAAACCUCACAUGAUAUGAAAAAACACGAUCCACAUCAUAAUAUACAUGCUACUUACAGUUCUCACUCAAUAGACCAUACAGCAACAGAUAAUUCUUCCAGUAAUUCAAUGAGAUCACUGAUUGCAAGUAAAUUAGGCAAAACAGGACUAUUUAAACUUGGUUUACAAAUGAAGAAUGUGAGUGUCAUUUCAAUAAUGAUCAAUCCUGAAGGAUUGGGGAAUAAUCCAGAUACCAUCACCAAAAUCUUUUCCAGAAUUGCCUCUGGAUUAUCAGCCCUCUCAAAAACAUUGAAAGCAGAUCUUCAAAUCACCUCCAUUCAUGAAUAUCAAUUAUCAUUUGUCGAUUCUUUUUCCAAGAAGAAACCUAAUCUCGUUGCUGUCGAAUGUGCUAUCAAGGUUUCCAAAGUACUUGAUAAUGUUUUGACUUGUUAUUCAGAACUUGAUCUUUCCCAAGGAAACCCAAUAUUCUCAAUUGGUAUCAGUUCUGGUAAGGCAAAUGUUGGUAAUUUGGGAACAAGUAAUUUGAGAUACUAUUCGAUUGUGGGUCCAUGUUGUACAAAUGCUAAAACUCUUGCUACCAUUGGCUCUAUUUAUCAUGCCAAGAUUCUUGCAGAUGGAAAUACCAUCACAGAUGAAGCCAAACCAUUCUUUGUGAGUAGACCAAUAGAUAGAUUAUUACUCGGGCCAAGCAGAAGUUCAGAAAAAGACAUUUCGACUGUCUAUGAAGUGUUUAAGGAAAAUAAUUAUGAAAAUGAUGAAUGGCUCUAUGAAUUAGAACAACAAAAGAAGAAUUUAAAGUACAAGGAUUUCGAAAGAGCUUUCCAAAUUUUUGACUUGGUGAAGGAAAAUAAGAUUGAACCAUCAGAAGUGAUGCAAAAGUUAUACGAAUCGAUAGAUAUUCUUAAUGGCCAUUUAUUGACCAAUCCAGAAGACUCUGUUGUUACUAGUCAUUUGGUUAAAGUAUUUGAGUAUUUCACUAGAGAAGGUGUAUCAUCUUUUGGAGCAUUACAAAUGAUUCUCAAUUAUCAUACACAAGUGAACCAAAAUAUGAAAUCUUAUUCUACAAGUGGAGUGAGUGCUCAAAAGGCUAGUGACUUUGAAAUAACCAAUUACACCUUUAACAGCUAUUAA